AUGGGCAUGCACCAAGAGAGUCACGUCGAGUCUUCCGAGACGCUCCCUCAUGGCGUUAUUGCCACAAGCACUAGCGCCCAGAUGUUCAGCACAUCCUCUCUCGAUGCUCUUCAGGGCGAAGAGUCACGCAAAGUGAUGGAUAUUGUUGACCGAUUGCGCCGCGGUGGGCUGAGCGGUGAAUUGCAAUUGCCGCAGGUUGUGGUUUGCGGUGACCAAUCUUCCGGCAAGAGUUCUGUCCUCGAGGCAAUGACUGAGAUUCCCUUUCCACGCAAGGAGAAUCUGUGUACCCGGUUCGCAACGGAGAUCAUCCUGCGUCGUGCAUUGACCGUGUCUAUCUCUACAAAGAUCAUACCAGACAAGCAGCGUCCUGCGAUGGAGAGGAAGAGGCUGGAAGCCUUCAAGAGCUCGAUUGUUGACUUCAACGAACUGCCAACCCUUAUUGACGAAGCCACUGGUCUUAUGGGUCUGGACGACGAUGAUUCGAACCAAGCACGUGCUUUCUCUCGGGACGUCCUCAGUAUUGAGAUUGCAGGCCCCAACCGUCCACACCUAACACUGGUCGACUUGCCGGGGCUCAUCCAUGCAGAAAACAAGAUGCAGUCGAAGGAGGAUGUGGAGCUUAUUCGCAGCUUAGUCGACGACUAUAUCAAGGAGAAGCGGACAAUCAUCAUGGCAGUGGUGUCGGCGAAGAAUGACUACGCCAACCAAAUUAUCCUCAAAAAGUGCCGCGACUUCGAUCCACAGGGCCAUCGCACUCUUGGCAUAAUCACAAAGCCGGACUUCUUGGAGCCUGACUCUGAUAAUGAGAAAUCUUGGAUCGAGCUUGCCAAUAACCAAGACAUUUUCUUCCAGCUCGGCUGGCACAUUCUAAAGAACCGCUCUGACAGGGAGGCUCUCACGAGCUUCAAGGAUCGCAAUGCCGCUGAGAAGGCCUUCUUCUCGAGAGGAAAGUACCGCGAUCUUUCUCCUGAUAUGCUCGGCAUAAAGUCUCUGUGCUCUCGCUUGAGCCAUUUGCUGUUCAAGCAUCUAAAGACUGAACUUCCUGAUCUUCAGAAAGAUCUUGACAAGAACCACCAGGAGGUGUGUCGAACUCUCGAGCUUAUAGGGGAGAGGCGGUCCACCCCCCAGGAGCAGCGACGAUUUCUCUUGACUAUUGUCACUAACUACCAAGAUAUCGUUAAAGCUGGGGUAAGUGGCCAAUACGAGCACGAAUUCUUUGGCGACACCGAUCCAGAGGAGGCUGUGGAGCACGAGGCCAAUGCGCAUCAUCUCCGUGCUGUCGCGCAGCACUUCAACCUUCAGUUCGCCCUAGCUAUGCGCAAAUAUGGGCAUAAGACCGAAGUCCUUGCUGACGACGGUGACUCGACCGAUGCUACGGAUUCCGAUGAAGCAGAAAUCGAUGAAGCGGAAAUCGAUGAAUGCUACCGCCAAUUCGCCGUGACCCAAGAGCAGGUCUCUCGUGACGAUGCUAUACAACGUGUCCGCAAGAUUUUGAUCCGUUCUCGCGGCCGCGAACUGCCUGGGACGUUCAACCCUAUCCUCAUCAGUAAACUGUUCUGGGAGCAAUCAGCCAACUGGCAGGCUAUUGCAAAUCAACACAUUGAGCAGGUCGCCAGAUUAUGCUCUAACUUCGCUCGUGCAGCUAUCAGCUUCUCAGUGUCGAACGACAUCUCCGCGCGGCUCCAAUCACUUACUUUAGAUAAAGGACUAGACUUGCGUAUGACCCGUGCUAAGGAAGAGCUCGCUCAGAUUGUCGACGAUACGAAGCAUCAUCCUAUCACUUACAACCCGGCGUACAUCUCGACUGUGCAGUCGACGAAGUACGAGAAGCUGUCAUCAAAAUUCAACAGUAUGGCCACAGACUCCAAAGAGCAAAUCUACAACAAGACCACUGGUACCUACAACACCUACCUGAAACCUGAAUUUACUACAAGCAUCAUUCGCAACUUCACGGAAAUGGAUAUGGAUAGGGUUUCAGCGGAAGACGCCCUGGAUAGUCAGCAAGCGUACUACAUGGAAGAAGUCGAGUAUUUCAUCGCUGCGGUUGCCAAGCAGGUCAUCGAGCGUUAUCUCGUCCGCGAUCUCGCCGACACCCGCUCUCCGAUCAUGGUGGGAGAUAUGAGUGAUGCUGAGGUCGCCUUCGUUGCUGCUGAGCCGGAGGAGACGAAGCGCCAGCGCGACCAUCUUGAGGCACGGAAGGCCACGCAGGAGGAAGGCCAAGAGAUCUUCAAAUCGGCGCUUGGUUUCUUCAAGUAA